UCUGAGAAGCCCCGGAUUCUUUUGCACAACAGCAUGUUGCCCUCCAUAUAUCUCGAGAAUGUCCACGUACCAGCCCUAUCAGUGCCUCGUCUGUCAGAGUCGCUUCACCCGCCAUGAGAACCUCAAACGCCAUGCUAAACUCCACUCUGCGUCACAUCAAGCCUCUCUUCGUUGUGGCUUUUGUCAGACGACCUUCUCACGACCCGAUCUUCGCAACCGACAUAUGAAAAGAAAGCACCCGGAGCAUGAAUCGGGACGAGCUGUUCAGAGACAACGGCGCCGAGCACGCGAAGAGUAUUCGGGGUCGUCACCCGAUAGCCAUGAUGGAUUUCAACCUCAUCAUUCCGGGGAUGAAAUGAACCUGGAUCUACUCCACGAUCACGACGAACCACGCGGAAUUUCCAUGCUUCAGUCAGAAACCAUUGAUCGCAUGGUGCAAGAUGCACUAGGAACAGCCCUUCUCAAGCCAACCUACGAACUAGCGAGCCCUGUCCCCUGCACCUUUGACCAACUCAUUCCUGGGAGCGAUUGCUCACCGUUACAGAUCGCACGGGGAUGUGACCUGUUCUUCUCACAUGUUUCUCACUAUGUCCCGUUUCUACACCGACCAACAUUCGAUGCAACAAUGCUCCCUGUUCACUUGGUUCUUGCUAUCAUUUGCCUGGGCUACCAACACGGCGAAGACCCCGAGUGCGACGAUCAGCCAGGAUCAGGGGCGAGUUUAUCGACGCGGUGUUUUCGCCGAGCGCAUACCCUUACGACUGCCGACGAAGGGGGAUUGACAGGGCCCAAUACCCCCCUUAUUCAGUCCUAUUUACUUCUACAAAUCUGCGCCAUGAUGUACCUCUGCGGAGACGACUCAGCCAUCGGACUGAAAAUGCAUUCAGACAUGAUCUCGCUAGCUCGAGCAGGAGGGUUGAUGCAGCCCACGCCUCCCGAGUCUUCUGCUGCCGAGGAUCUGGAAGGCCUUUGGCGGGACUUCAUCAAAACCGAGUCACACAAGCGCACAUCCUUCGCCGUGCACCAGAUCGACGCGCUCUGGUACCAGUUCCUCUCGAUCCCGCGCUGCAUCUCCCAUUUGGAAGUCAAACACGACCUACCCUGUCCCGAAGACCAGUGGACCGCAUCGUCAGCCGCAGACUGGGCCCAUCGCCAGCUCGUCGCAAGACAUCCAGGACCCUCAGUCCCGUACCCCGAAGCUGUUCGACGAUUCCUAUCAUCCGAGACGAGCUCCAUCCCGACAUUCGACCCCUACGGCGCCGUCAACGUGGCACAGUUUCUCAUUUCAAGCGCUCGAGAGGCAUCCGGCUGGUCCACAAUGACCGGAAUGCUCAGUAUGGACCGCCUCGACGCCCUGCGAUCGUCUCUGAUUGCCCUGGGCCCGUUCAUCCGACCGCAGCCCGAGACCGGAAAGGUCAUGCACACAGCCGCAACGUGGGAGACGGCCAUGAUCGAGCUGCAUCUCUGGUCCCCAGCACAUACCGGUGGCGUUGUUGCCUCCAGCCUAGACGCAGUACUAAGCCAGUCGACCGCCCUGGCACCAUCGUACGAGUUUCUGUGGGACGUCGAGACGGCCAAAGCCAUUCAACCACACGUUGACUGGUUUCUCCGCUAUCUCGAUACAACACUAGACCCGAGCCACGAGGCGCCAUGGGCCGCGGUAUACGCGUACAAGGCGUUCCUGAUCGCCUGGCAGCUUGUGCGAGGUGGCAUUCCGGGCGCGAUGGAGGUGGCUGGGAUCCAGGAUGGCGAUGAACAGGGUGCUUUGGAAUGGGCGCGGAAUGUAUUUCGGAGACGAGAGCAAUGGCAAAUUGGGAAGUUGAUUCUUUCUAGUCUGCAGCAGCUGGAAUCUUGAUUCAACCAUACUAUGUAUGCACUAUGUAUAUUUCAACCCUCUACUACAUAUACGUCGAUGGCAUCGACGAAUCCACAUGAUGAUUCCCC